CAGUGGGCCUAGCUUGACCUUGAAUGUUCCUCCCCCACAGAACAAGAAAAAGAAGAAGACAGAUUUCAUUCCUUACCGAGACUCCGUGCUGACCUGGCUCCUCAGGGAAAACCUGGGCGGUAACUCAAGGACAGCUAUGGUGGCAGCCCUGAGUCCUGCAGACAUCAACUACGACGAGACCCUCAGCACGCUGAGGUAUGCCGACCGGGCCAAGCAGAUCCGCUGCAAUGCCGUCAUCAACGAGGACCCCAACAACAAGCUGAUCCGCGAGCUGAAGGAUGAGGUCACCCGGCUGCGUGACCUGCUGUACGCCCAGGGUCUCGGCGACAUCACCGACACCAACACUGUGCCUGGAGGACCCAAAUUGACCAACGCCUUGGUGGGCAUGAGCCCCUCGUCCUCACUCUCCGCCCUGUCCAGCCGCGCAGCCUCCGUGUCCAGCCUCCACGAGCGCAUCUUGUUCGCCCCAGGCAGCGAGGAGGCCAUCGAGAGGCUGAAGGUGAGGGCACCGCAUGGGGCUUUGGGGUGGCAGGCUUUGGGAGUGGGGGGCUUGAAGGAGUGAGAGCCCCUUGCCUCC